UACAUCUCUCUCAAUUUCAACAUGGCCAAAAGACUCUAUUUUCUUUUCACUCUCAUAGCCAUUAUUUCCCUUUCUUUCUUCUCUCAUUUUACCUUUUCGGAUUCCUCGGUAGACGCUUUCGUCUACGGAGGAUGUUCACAAAUAAAAUACACACCAAAUUCACCAUACGAAUCGAAUCUCAACUCCCUCUUAACAUCCCUAGUAAACUCAGCAACAUACUCAUCGUACAACAAAUUUAGUAUCAUGGGCUCAACGAAACAAGACAUUUUAUACGGGGUUUACCAAUGUCGUGGCGAUCUAUCGAUGCCCGAUUGCGCCACUUGUGUAGCCAAAGCAGUGAGUUCAAUUGGCAAACUUUGUUCACAAAAUUGUGGUGGUGCAUUGCAAUUACAAGGAUGUUUUGUUAAGUAUGACAACACUUCAUUUCUUGGUGUUGAGGACAAAACUUGUGUGUUGAAUAAAUGUGGGCUUUCUAAUGGGCUUAUUGAUGGGAAUUCUGUGGGCCGGGUUUUGACAAGUUUGAAUGGGGCUGGUGGGCUUUUUAGAAUUGGUGGGUCAUUAGAUGUACAUGGUGUGGCCCAAUGUGUUGGUGAUUUGAGUAUGGGCCAAUGUCAAGAUUGUUUAUCGGAGGCGAUCGGACGGUUGAAAAAUGAGUGUGGCGGUGCGUCGUAUGGUAAUAUGUUUUUGGGAAAGUGUUAUGCUAGGUUUACUACGAGCGGAGAUUUUGAAUCCAAAUCUAAUCAUGGUUCUCAUCAUUUUGAGAAUGAGAAGACAUUUGCACUUAUCAUUGGAUUAUUAGCUGGUGUUGCUCUUCUCAUCAUUUUCUUAACAUUUUUAAGAAGAAUAUUUGGACGAAAUGGUAAAUAAAGAAUAUACAUAC